AUGGAGAAUGUUACACAAUACUUUGGAGCUAUUGUUGGCCGGGUUGUUAAUCGGAUUGGUGGUGCUCAGUUCACUCUAAACGGAGUUCAUUAUAAGCUUGAUACUAAUGAGAAACCAAACAUGCUUCAUGGUGGUAGAAAAGGAUUUAGCCUGCUCACUUGGAAGGUGGAGAAAUACGUGAAAGAUAAGGCCAAUCCUUUCAUUGUAUUGUCCUAUUACAGUCCUGAUGGAGAAGAAGGAUUCCCUGGAAAUCUCCUGGUUAGAGUGACCUAUGCUCUACUUGAACCAUAUAAGCUGAGCGUAGUAAUGGAAGCGGAAGCCCUGAACAAGGCUACUCCUGUGAAUCUAGCACAACACAGUUACUGGAAUCUUGGAGGCCAUAACAGUGGGCGUGCUUCCAGUGCAAGUUGUGGGAGUUUUGGUGCUAUGAAUUCAGUGUGGUUGACUAUGAAUCUGUUGUAG